AGGCAGGCCCGCGUGCUCACCCCCGCCCCUCCCCUCCCCUCGGCCUCCGUGCUCCCUCGCCGAACCCACCCCGGGCUCCGGCUCAACCGCAGCCGAAGCAACGCGGGGCGCUCCCCACCCCAGAUCCGGCGCCGCCGCCACGCUCCGCUGCCCUGCCCCCCCUCCUCUCCUCACCUGCGCGAUCUGAUGCGCCCCCACGCGGUCGCCAGCGGCGAUGCGGUGCAAGCUUAACUCGUCGGUGUACAAGCGCGUGCCGUCCAGGGAGGCCGCCAUGGAGCCCGACGUCGAGACGCCGAUGAGGGUGACGACGGACGCCGUCGCGGGCCCGUCGUGGCGCAUGUCGCUGCCGCACGUCUGCGUCGCCACGCUCACCUCGUUCCUCUUCGGAUACCACUCCGGGGUGGUCAAUGAGCCCCUGGAGAGCAUCUCCGCCGACCUUGGCUUCUCCGGCAACACUCUUGCUGAAGGACUCGUGGUGAGCAUCUGCUUGGGCGGAGCCUUUAUCGGGUGCCUGUUCAGCGGCUCCGUCGCUGAUGGAAUCGGGCGCCGCCGUGCGUUCCAGCUCAGUGCACUUCCCAUGAUCAUUGGUGCUGCCAUAAGUGCUCUCACCAAUAGUUUGGAGGGUAUGCUUCUAGGAAGAUUUUUGGUUGGAACAGGGAUGGGAUUGGGCCCACCAGUAGCUUCACUAUAUAUAACAGAGGUUUCUCCUCCUACAGUGAGGGGCACAUAUGGCAGCUUUGUUCAGAUUGCGACCUGUCUUGGGAUCAUUGUAUCGCUCCUAAUUGGUACACCUGUUAAAGAUAUUGAUAGAUGGUGGAGAGUAUGUUUCUGGGUUGCAGCUAUACCAGCAACUUUACAAGCUCUUGCUAUGGAGUUCUGUGCCGAGAGCCCCCAGUGGCUAUAUAAGUGUGGAAGAACAAUUGAAGCAGAGAUGCAAUUCGAAAAGCUUCUAGGCCCCCUUCAUGUAGAAUCAGCCAUGGCAGAACUUUCUAGAUCUGAAAGAGAUGAUGGAGGAAGUGUAAAGUACUCAGAAUUGUUUUAUGGUCGCCACUUCAAUGUUGUUUUUAUUGGCGCGGUGCUAUUUGCUUUACAACAGUUAUCUGGCAUAAAUUCGGUGUUCUAUUUCUCCUCAACUGUGUUCAGAGGUGUGGGGGUGCCUGCUAACCUUGCCAACAUAAGCAUGGGGAUUUCGAAUCUAUCAGGCUCCAUUAUAGCAAUGGUUCUAAUGGACAAGUUAGGUAGAAAAAUGCUGCUUUCUGGGAGUUUUCUUGGAAUGGCCUUCGCAAUGGGGCUUCAGGCUGUUGGUGCAAACCGUCAGUAUCUUGGUUCUACAAGUGUAUAUCUUUCAGUUGGUGGAAUGCUGUUGUUUGUCUUGUCAUUUUCAUUAGGAGCAGGCCCAGUUCCAGGACUUCUUUUGCCUGAAAUUUUUCCCAAUAAAAUUCGAGCAAAGGCCGUGGCUCUCUGCAUGUCUGUGCAUUGGAUUGUAAACUUCUUUGUAAGUCUGCUGUUCUUGCGUCUUCUGGAGCAACUUGGUCCACAGGUUCUGUAUACAAUAUUUUCAUCAGUCUGCGUGGUAGCUGCAAUAUUUGUGCGGCGCCAUGUCCUUGAAACAAAGGGAAAGACUUUGCAAGAGAUAGAAGUUUCGCUCCUACAAGCACAGUAAAGACAUUUUAAGGCAGUGGUGAUGUAUAAUCAGAUGCUGGACGUGAACUGACUUUAAGUUUGAAAUUUAAAGGCCCAUAUGAUUAGAAGCAUGUAGUUGAGCACCUUAAGACAUGAUGAGAUGGAUUCAUUGGCUGCCGCAUGCUCUUACAACGCAGGUUCUAUCCGGGUGGUACAGAUUCGACGUUGAUUGGAGUCUGAAACGACACUGCUUGCCAAAUACCAACCAGCUGCUCUGGUAUCCUGCUUGCUGAUUCCUGAAUCAAGUCGUCUCUUGAGAAUGGCGAUGCCCAACAAUGGUCCCAGGGAAGUUACAGACAUGCGCCUGCGACUGCUAGGGCACCCCAGUUUCUACGUAGACAUGUACUGAGGUUGUGCCUGUAUAGCCCGCCCUAGGUAUAGGAUACCUUGUAUUUUCUUUUCUAUUUAUACAAAUACGUGUUGAAGUACCAGUAAGAAGAUACUACAGCUUGGCUGUUGAUGAGCACAGUUAGAACGAGGAACAUCUCAUGAUUUGCAUUAUACGUUCGGACGAAUAAUUAAGAGCACCGUGCGGCAUGCGUUGUUGGACGGAAGAUGUGUAUUUCAUCUCAAUAUUCAAAUUCUCAAGGGUGGUUGGGUGAA